CUGCUGAAUAUUUUCCUUCUCCUAGGUCAGCCAACUUCAAGAACUUCACCUUCAUCCAGUUGAAUGAAGAAUUUUCCAGGGGCAAAGGAUUAGACGUUGGUGCUCGAUUUUGGAAAGGAAACAAUGUUGUUCUCUUUUUUUGCGAUGUGGACAUAUACUUCACAGCUGAAUUCCUGAACUCCUGUAGAUUGAACACACAGCCAGGGAAGAAGGUGUUUUAUCCUGUUCUCUUCAGCCAGUAUAACCCCAGUAUAAUUUAUGGCCACCAUGAUUCCAUUCCAUCUUUAGAACAGCAGCUGAUUAUUAAAAAAGAAACUGGAUUUUGGCGAGACUUUGGUUUUGGGAUGACUUGCCAGUACAGAUCUGAUUUUAUCAACAUAGGUGGCUUUGAUCUGGACAUUAAAGGCUGGGGUGGUGAAGAUGUACAUCUGUACCGCAAAUACCUUCACAGCAACCUCAUCGUGAUCCGAACGCCUGUCAGGGGUCUCUUCCAUCUGUGGCAUGAAAAGCAAUGUCUGGACGAGCUGACCCCAGAGCAGUACAAAAUGUGCAUGCAGUCCAAGGCCAUGAACGAGGCUUCUCAUGGCCAGCUUGGGAUGCUUGUUUUCAAGCAAGAGAUUGAGACACACCUGCAUAGACAGAAACUGAGCAGUAAGAAGACAUGAAGCCAGAAA